AUGAUUACCUGCCUCAGAAACGACCACCCCAGAGACCACUACAGACACAACAACUCCAGAGACCACUACAGACACAACAACUCCAGAGACCACUACAGACACAACUCCAGAGACCACUACAGACACUACUACGGACACUACAACUCCAGAGACCACUACAGACACCACUCCAGAGACCACUACAGACACUACUACGGACACUACAACUCCAGAGACCACUACAGAAACUACUACAGACACUACAACUCCAGAGACCACUACAGACACUACUACAGACACUACAACUCCAGAGACCACUACAGACACAACAACUCCAGAGACCACUACAGACACAACUCCAGAGACCACUACAGACACUACUACGGACACUACAACUCCAGAGACCACUACAGAAACUACUACAGACACUACAACUCCAGAGACCACCACAGACACUACUACAGACACAACAACUCCAGAGACCACUACAGACACUACUACAGACACAACAACUCCAGAGAUCACUACAGACACUACUACAGACACAACAACUCCAGAGACCACUACAGACACUACUACAGACACAACAACUCCAGAGACCACUACAGACACUACUACAGACACAACAACUCCAGAGAUCACUACAGACACUACUACAGACACAACAACUCCAGAGACCACUACAGACACUACUACAGACACAACAACUCCAGAGACCACUACAGACACUACUACAGACACAACAACUCCAGAGAUCACUACAGACACAACCAUUCCAGAGAGUACAGACACUACAACUAUUGA